UUAGCCAAGCCUGUCUCAACAAUCUCCAAAAUCCGUGACGUAACGUUGACGUCAUUUCCUGUCCUUGGAGUUCUCCUGGAGAUUUGAGAAAAGCCGGGAUUUCUGGAGAGAGAAGCAGGCGUGUAGGCUGGCUACAGGCAUGUCUCCGCGGUACGAACCGACCUUGUCUCCGGCGCUGCCAUGGCUCCUCUUCGCCGCCCUCCUGGGCCCGGCCGCGGCCAGCAGCCCCGGAGCUGGUUACAUGGCCGUGGCGCCCCUGGUGUUCAGACCUGGUGUGGAGGAAGUCAUCAGCAUCACGAUGUUUAACGUCACCAGUCCCGUCCAUGUGGAGGCUACGGUACACAUCAACAGGGCCAGCGUGGCCUCUGCCGCUGAAACUAUCACAGGAAAAGGAAGUUUACGUCUCAAGGUACCGCAUGAUGCAAAAGGCAAGGCCACGUUAAAGGUGUGUGGGAACUGUGCCCAGGCCGCCAGAGUCGGGGAAAAGGAGGUCUUCUUCUUUCACAACUCCACGUCUGUCGUUAUCGAGGAGAGGGGCUCGACCGUCUUCAUCCAGACGGACAAACCCGUGUACAAACCCGGGCAAACAGCUUUUAUCAAUGUGAUUACGACGACCCCCAACCUACGGCCACUGGACGCAGGGAUGGAGGCUUACAUAACGGACCCACAUGGUUCAAAGAUGAUCCAAUGGAGGGACUUAAAGCCAGUUUGCUGUGGGGUGGUGAACAUGAGUUUCCCCAUCUCGGACCAGCCCAUUCUGGGGGACUGGACCAUUUUUGUGGAGGUGCAGGGACAGAUGUACAACAAAACAUUCAGUAUACAGAAAUACGUUCUACCCAAGUUUGAAGUCAUCAUCACUCCUCCAAGAUACAUCGUUGAUUUGGACAGGUGUGAACAGGUGAACAUCACAGCCAGGUACACAUUUGGGCAGCCUGUCCAGGGGAAGCUGACUGUCAGUACCACCAUCCGCGGGAUUGGCUACUACAAGGACGAGAUCGGACCCACAGUUCUUAACAGCAUGGAUAUUGAUGACACGGCAUCCUUUAACGUGUGUGCCAACGCCAUGGGCGUGUCGGCGCUAUCAGACCACUUCCGAGGCGUGUUGUUUGUGGAGGCGACGGUAACCACGGGCGACGGGAGUACGCAGACCGCGGUGGACGACUCCACGCCUGUCAACAAACAGCUGAUCGACAUCGAGUUCUCUCCUGACACCAGGAGGCACUUCAAACCUGGGCUGCCCUACAUCGGAAAGGUCCUUGUGAGCUACCCUGAUGGCAGCCCAGCCAACAACAUCACAGUUCAAGUCAAGGCAGACGUCAACAGAGUCUUCUUCUACACCAAGGAGUUUGUGUCUGCUGACGGGAUGAUCAUCUUUGAUGUACCAGCCCUUCCUAACAUUGCUCAAAAUGUCUGGCUCGAUGCCAAAGUGUUGGCGAUUCACGGGCGUGAGGUUGGGGAGAGUUACUUCAGCUCCUACCUGUCCAUCAGUAGCUGGUACUCACCCAGCAAGUGUCACAUCCAGGUGCAGAACCCACCCAAAAAGGUCAAGGUUGGUAAGAAAGCUGUCCUUACAGUGCUGUCCACCUGUCCCUGUGACUUCACGCUGAAUUACGAGGUGGCGUCCAGGGGUAACAUCGUCCAGUCUGGCUUACACAGAGCACUUCCGGACCAUGUCAUCAUCAGAAGGGAUGCAGAAGAGAUCCCAGAAUCCCUGGAACAACAUGACGCAGCGGUGAGUCAGGAUAAGGAAGAAUGGAGAGAAGACAAGAAGGGAAGAAGACUGGACAGAAAGAGAGGACAUUGGAGGAAACACCCCAAAGACAUUGUGGAGGAGUUACAAGUCAAGGUGGAGAGAACCAUGGAUGAAGAUGGAGAGGAAGAGGAGGGGAGAGAUGCUGAUGACAACAGGACCAGGAUCCUGGAGGAAGGUGUGAUCAAGUUCAUCAAUGGUACCAACAGACAAGACACGUCCACUGACCCCCCCAUGGAGAUGCCUGAGGUGUGUGAGACCAGGAUACAGGUGUUGGUGACCCACGCAAUGGCGCCCCUCAGCAGAGUUGUGGUGUACUACAUCCGGCCUAACGGUGAGGGGGUGGCAGACAGCAUGCAGCUGGAGGUGGAGCCGGAGUUCGAGAGUAAGGUGGUUCUGUCCCUACCUUACAAUGAGACCCUGCCGGGAGACAGAGUGGACAUUGCAGUGAAGUCCAAGCCAGGCUCGUGUGUGUGCAUGGCAUCUGUGGACAAGAGUGUCUACCUACUACGUCCUGGCUUCCAGCUGACCAAGGAAAUGAUUUUUAGAGAACUGGAGACAUUUGACGUGACCCAAGGUGAGACUGACGAGCCGUACUGGUGGGGAUACUCUGCCCGCAGGAGGAGGUCAUCAGUGUGGCGGAACUUCAUACACACCAGGGACGCCAUGUAUGCGUUUAUGGAAACAGGUCUGCAAGUCAUGACGGACGUUGUGAGCCUGAACCAUCGGCAGGAUCGCAAUAACUGGUUUCAGACAGACUCCCUGAUAGGGUCUGUGAGUUCCUUCACCAUGUCCAUGUUCCAUGACGGAGUGCCGAACGCAGAGAAACGCAAACGUGUCUUCUUCCCAGAGACAUGGAUAUGGCAAUGCUUUAAUGUCAGUUCUACCAGGAAACACGAGACGGUUACCAUGACAGCGCCGGACGCCAUCACCAGCUGGGUGACGGAGGCCUUCUCCAUGUCGGAGACUCACGGACUCAGUCUGGCCGCGCCGGUCACGCUGAGAACCUACAAACCCUUCUUCGUGGAUUUCACGCUCCCGUACUCCGUGAUACGCAGGGAACAGGUCAAAAUUCCGCUGUCCAUCUACAACUAUCUGGAGUACUGCACUGAGGUGCAUGUGACAGUGAAGGUGCCUCCAGGUGUGUCCUUCCUGAACCAGAAGACAGGGAAACAGCUGCGGAAGGUGUGUGUGGGGAGGAACCAGGUGGAGCACACCUCUGUUGCCAUGGUGUUUGAGGAGCUUGGGAACAUGGAGAUCACAGCCUAUGCUGAAGCCUUUGUUGACCAGCGAUGUUGUGAGGGUCAAAGGUCAGACUCGUGGGACAGCGAACCUUAUGUCAGGGUCGGGCUGGAUCAAGUCGCUCGCAAGAUAGAAGUGGAGGCAGAAGGGACUCAGAAGUCUUACACUCACAGUGUUUACUUCUGCCCAAAUGAAAGAAUCCACAUCUCAACGCCCAACAAGUAUGAAUACCAGUACGUCAAGAAGCCCACGGAGACUACCAUCUUCACCUUUGCUACAAAAGCCAGUAACGACGUGCAUUUGUCACUGUCCGCGAGGCCGACAGACAUGCCCAGUAUGUACGAGAUUGUGAUUGGUGGCUGGCAGAAUACACAGUCCUGGGUUACAAGGUCCAAACAAGGAGACCACCUGGUGACAGUUCCCACCCCAGAGAUCCUGUCCUGGCAUGAGUUCCGAGCUUUCUGGUUGUCCUGGACAGAUGGCGUCAUUGAGGUUGGUUAUGGCAUAGAGCCGACUAAUGACUCCCUGAUCAUGACCUGGGUUGACCCCGACCCGCUGCCUGUCAAGUACAUCGGCUUCUCCACAGGCUGGGGGUCACUGGGAGAGUUCAAAAUUUGGAGACGGGAGGGUGAUGUCAUGGGCCCCACCCUGACGAACCUUCACGACCUCCUGAAGCUGCCGUUCGGGUGCGGUGAACAGAACAUGAUCCACUUCGCGCCCAACGUGUUUGUGAUGAAGUACCUGGAGAGGACUGGGCAGCUGUCCUGGGAGGUGGAGGAGGAGGCUACAACAUACCUCGUCAAAGGUUACCAGCGUCAGCUGACCUACCGUAGGUAUGACGGAUCUUACAGUGCCUUCGGAAACAGAGACUCGCAGGGAUCCAUGUGGUUGACAUCGUUUGUGCUGAAGUCAUUCUCUCAGGCACGAUCGUUUAUCUACAUCGACCCGGCAGAACUGGAGAAGCCGCUGGAGUGGAUCAUCUCCCAGCAGGCACCUGACGGGUUCUUCCCUCCGCUGGGCCAGCUCAUUAACAAGGACCUGCAGGGGGGGCUCCAGGGCCGCGUGUCCCUCACCGCCUACGUGGUCACUACCCUGCUGGAAAUGGGCAUCAGCAGCAAGGAGGUAAACAAGGCUAUAAACUAUGCCCGUAAGUUUCUGGAGGAGAAUGUGAACACAGUGGAGGACCCCUACACUGCAGCUCUGGUGGCCUACGCUCUCACAACACUCCGCAGCUCACAUGGACCUACAGCUGUCAAAAAACUCAACACCAUGGCUAUUAAGACAGAUAGCUUCACCCAUUGGAGUCUGUAUGGGGGACAGGAAGAGACAGAGAAGCUUCUACAGUUCAAGGAUGGACUGGGACAGUCAGUGUCCUCUGCAGAGGUCGAGAUGACUGCCUACGCCCUGCUGACCUACGUCGCCAUGGGAGACGUGGCCUCCGCCAUGCCUGUCGUCAAGUGGUUGUCCCAGCAACGCAACUCCCUUGGAGGGUUUUCAUCAACUCAGGACACAUGUGUAGCGCUGCAGUCCUUGUCGGAAUAUGCCAUCCUGGCCUACAUCGGGGGUGUGAACCUGAACAUCUCUCUGGCUUCUACUAACCUGGACUUUAACAAGUUCUUCUCCCUGGACUCUGAGAACCACGAGGUGUUACAGACAGCUGAGAUCCCCAGUAUCCCCACCCGACUGUUUGUGAGUGCUACCGGCGAGGGCUGCGGACUGAUGCAGAUCGACGUUACCUACAAUAUCCCCGACCCCAGCACCCACCCGACCUUUCACCUCGACAUCAAAACCUCGGAGAAACUCCGCCACGACAGGGUCAAGGGUCGCAGCAAGAGGUCAGAGAACGAGGUCAGCAAUGUCAUCACCAACCCCGGGGACUACAAGGUCACCAUCGAGGCAUGCGCAAGGUCAGUCAAGGUCAAUCUCGGGAAAAUGUUCUCCCUGUGCAGGUGGCUGCCCCCUGGUGCUUCCAACAUGGCCGUCCUGGAGGUCUCACUACUGACUGGGUUUGAGGCAGACAUAGAGAGUCUGGAGAAGCUGAUACAUGACCAACAUGCUAAGAGAUACGAAGUGGAUGGGAGGAAGGUCUUCUUCUACUUUGAUGAGAUCCCAAGCCAAUGUCUGACGUGUGUCAGUUUUGAAGCCUUCCGGAUCUUCGUAGUGGGAAAAGUCCAGCCUAUGCCUGUCAGGGUAUAUGACUACUACGAGCCAAGUUUUGAAGCUGUGACGUUCUACAACAUCAGUCAGAGCCAGCUGCUGCAAACUGCUCUGUGUGAGGAUGGGGCCGAAUGUAACCAGGUCAACUUGGAUGACCUUGACACAACUGAGGAGAAUGUACUAGAUUUCCCGAGUCUGGAGUGUAACUCUGUGUUUGGCUGUCCAUGGGAAGAUAUCCCACGAUGCACCUGUUUCUGGGACUGUGAGGAUACUGGACCACAGGUGUGUGGCUCUGAUGGCGUCCUGUACCCAAACCUGUGUUCUCUGGAGAGGUCAGCCUGUCAGAACCACACCCAGCUCACCUCCAUACCCCUGGACCAGUGUCCCGCCUACUCCAUAGAGCAGCCUAGUGUAGACCCUGCAGAGGGAUCGGGGGACAACGGCUCAGAGAUUUUCGUUCAGGGUAACUCCACUGCCACACACUUUGGAGAACAGACCCACGAGGAGGACGUGUUGCCAAUGGCAACCGUAUCCCCCGACAACCUGGACUACCCGACCCUGCCCGUCCUGGAGGAGGACGCCACCUGGCAACCAGAUUCUGAGGGAAAGAUGCUGAACCCUGACUACUGGCAGCCGGCGGCGGGAUACAACUAUUACGAUACGUACGACAAUCCUCUUGACAAAGACGUGGACGUCCCCGAUUUUACAAUGGAAGAAAAAAUACCCUAUGCAAGUGUUGAAGAAGCUCAAGAUGGAGAUUCUGAACUGUCCAAAGAAAAGACAAGCAUGGACCACGAUUCAACAGAAUCUGGGAGAAAAGAAGAAGGAAAGGACAAGGAAGAGGGAUCAUCUCUGAAAGGAAACUCGAGUCUCUCGGAGGAAGGAGGGAGGGAAGAAGAGAUAGAGAAUCCGAGCGUGAACUCUCCUCUUCUCGGCAAAGAUGAGGGGAGUGAGAGAGAGUCCAGGGGACGAGCAAGUGCGGAGAUGUCGGAGAUCGAGGACCUGUGGGUGGACCGACUGGACCUGGACUGGAGGACGGAUGAAGAGGAUGGAAACUCUGGACCAGAAACAGAUGAAGUUGCAGAGGGGAAUUCUGGAGAAGAUGACAGCAUUGCCGGUCUGGAGGAGGAAAUACUGAAGUUUGAGGAGGACCAGAAGGAAGCUGAGACAAAACAACACAAACACAGACAUGGCAAGGGUGGGGACAGGGGGAAACAUAAGUCAGGUCAGAACAAGAAGAACCUGAGCAUUGAGAGCCAGGAGAAGGUGGAGGACCUGGAUUCCGUGUGGCUGAAGUUUGUCCGAGACGAGGUUAUUGAGGGAAUGGACCGUUCUGAUGAGAGGGAAGAACAGAAGAACAAGUCUGCUGAAGACACAGAUAACAAGGAACACAGAGGAUGGGAGUUUGAGGCAAGGGAUGAGGCAGAGACAGACACAAGAAACGAUGGUUUAAGCAAUGCAGAAAAGGAGGCAAAAGAAUCAGCAAAUGAUGAAUCUCUGGACAAUGAUGAAAACAUUGAAGAAGAAAUGCCUCCAGAAGUGACCAAAGAUGAGGGCCCUUUUACAGCAGAAAGAACUGAUAGUGCAGAUCUUGAGAAAGAUCUGUCAGAGAUUCCGAUGAAUCGAGACAUGAAUGAAAGAGAAUACGAACUGGAUAGUUACCUCGAAGAUGAAGAAGAGACCAUGGAUUGGGAUGACUUCUCUGAGUUGGUGAGUCACCCGAAAAAGGACGCUGAAGCAGAUACAAUGGAAGAUGAGGAGGAGAGUUUGGAGUGGGAAAAGUUCUCCCAAUUUGUCAGCGGUUUGGCAGGAGGGAAGGAAAAUGUGACAUCCGAUGGUUUAGCAAUGGAAACAGGCGAUGACAGCGAGAUGAAACCAUUUAACGACCAACAGAGUGAAAAGGAGACCAGGAAAGAUGUUGGUGAGGAUUUCGGCAACUUGGAGACUAUGGAGGGGCCAGGCACAGAAAGCACCAAAUACGACACACACACUACAGCAGCAACACAGAUCCCCCAUACCAAGUUUGAUCCAGAAAUAGAACAGUCUGCUAUUCAGGACCCGCUAGGCAGCAGCCAUGAUGACAUCACCACCCAACAGCCAAUCAACACACAACCUGACAGACAACCAGACACCAGCCAGGUCAAGGAUCAAAGGUGAAAGGGCAACAAAUCAUCAGCGCCCAACAGUACAAGAUUACCAAAAUAUGUAUAAUUCUUCCA